CUACCAGGAUUUUAGGUUCAUCCACAAGACUGUUUUUUAUACAAAGAAGACCAGUAAGUCACAUCAAAGGGCCGAACAAGAUCCUGGGCAAAGCAGCUGUGUGAACCAAGUUUAAAAAAAAAAGAUAAUAGAAAGCUAAGGAACGCUGCAGAAAUGGCGAGAAAAGACAGAGACGCAAAGGAGGAAUAAGACGGGAGGAGGGAGUCAGAGAGGGAGGGGAGAGAGGAGAAAGCUGAGCGCGGACGUCAGGAACAAAAGCUCCAGCGGAGUCUGGCGGAGGCACUAAGGGAGCAUGGGGUGUUUUGAAUAAUUAUUAAAAUUAGCAUGUGUCUGCGCCAUCCUGUGGGUGUGGCGCACAGCGGAGUGUAAACUCUGGCGGGGCUGGAGCAAACAUUGGAUUAGCGGCAGCAGCUUGCCAGCCUGCCCGAGGAGUGAGGACCAGCGCGCGGCACGCCGACCUGCACGAUGGCCUCGUCUCAAGGGAAGAACGAGCUGAAAUUCGCCGACUGGAUGGAAACUCUGCCGGAGAGCAUCCACAGCAUUCCCCUCACCAAUUUAGCCAUCCCAGGAUCUCAUGAUUCCUUCAGCUUCUACAUUGAUGAAGCCUCUCCAGUGGGGCCUGAACAGCCAGAAACUGUCCAGAAUUUUGUCUCUGUGUUUGGAACUGUAGCCAAAAAGCUGAUGCGGAAAUGGCUGGCUACUCAAACAAUGAACUUCACUGGUCAGCUAGGAGCUGGGAUCCGUUAUUUUGAUCUACGAAUUUCCACCAAGCCCAGAGACCCCGACAAUGAACUCUACUUUGCUCAUGGUUUGUUCAGUGCCAAAGUCAGUGAAGGCCUAGAGGAGAUCAAUGCAUUCCUCACAGAUCACCAUAAAGAGGUAGUAUUCUUGGACUUCAACCAUUUUUAUGGGAUGCAGAAAUACCACCAUGAAAAACUGGUGCAAAUGCUGAAAGACAUCUACGGGAAUAAAAUGUGCCCAGCGAUUUUUGCCCAGGAGGUGAGUCUCAAGUACCUGUGGGAGAAGGACUAUCAAGUGCUGGUCUUCUAUCACAGCCCAGUGGCUCUGGAGGUGCCCUUUCUCUGGCCAGGCCAGAUGAUGCCAGCACCCUGGGCCAACACCACCGACCCAGAAAAACUGAUCCAGUUUCUUCAGGCGUCCAUCACUGAGAGAAGAAAGAAGGGGUCGUUUUUUAUAUCUCAGGUGGUGCUGACCCCCAAGGCCAGCACCGUGGUCAAAGGCGUGGCCAGCGGUCUCAGAGAAACAAUCACAGAAAGAGCUCUUCCUGCCAUGAUGCAGUGGGUCCGCACACAGAAGCCAGGAGAGAGUGGCAUCAACAUUGUGACCGCUGACUUUGUAGAACUUGGUGAUUUCAUCAGCACCGUCAUAAAACUCAACUAUGUCUUUGAAGAAGGAGAAGCCAACACUUGAUAGCACCAUGUGGCGUGUCCGUGAAUAAGAUAGAGAAGACUCACUGUAUUAGGCGUAUUAUCUGUAAACACUCUGAACUUCCUAUUCCACUGAGUCUCUGAGGGGAUAAGGGCUGAUAGUGGGUGGGAAAAGGGGGAAACCAUUUCUUCAGUGAUUAUUACCAUACUCUUCACUACUAUAAAUAUUUCAUUUCCCAUUUGAUGAGCAAAACCUACUUCUAGCGUUAGGGAUUAAAAAAAAAGACUAGCACAUUUCAUUUUGCAGAAUUAGUCUUUGUAACGUACAACUCAUGAGUGUUUACUUGAUUGCAUUUCUGAUUUCAACCUAGGGCUCCUACACUGUCUGUAUCCUCUAAACGAAACUUUCUGCUCCCUCUCUCGCUCGCUCUUUUUAAUCAGAAGCUGUACGGGACUUAAAAUAAUUGAAUGCCCAACAUAACGUGUAUUACAUUGUUGUACUGAAAUUUACUUGUCUUGUGGGACUUGGUAUAAUAUUCUGUAGUCUGCAGUCUUGCUAACUUUUGGUCAUAGACAAUAUGCAUCAAAUCAGUUUCUGUGCAUCAGUAAUAUUGGAGGCCAUGAUCAGUAAUUUUUGUGUUAUAUAAAAACAAUAGUGUUUCACAGUAUUUCUAUUUGAGGCAGCUAUAAAUAUAGAGUAAAAACUUUUGUGGAAGAAUUAUUAGUGCCAACUCCAUAGUGAAAAAUGGGGGUGAGGGGUGAGGGAUGCCAUUUAAUUCAGAAAUCUCUAAAUAAUAUUGUUCCUCAAAUGCCCUGUAAAUGAAAAAUUAUGACACGUGUGUUAAAAAUCAGAAGACUCUGAAAAGAACUCUUAACAAAAUUUCUUCUAAUAACCUACUGAUUAAAAAAGAAAAAGAAGAAGAAAAGAGAAGGAUUGUGCAAACUUUCCUACCAAACUGAGAUUUCCAAACAUGUAAUUCUAAAUCCAAGAUUUUGAGGAACAUAUUUUGAAAAGCUUCAAUUUGAGUUUUUUCACUUGAAAUUGAGGAAAAAGGGAAAGAGAGGAAUGUUUCUGAAGCUAUGUCCGUGAACUCUCAAGGAUCCACAAAACAUCUUUAAGAGAUUCUUAAAUACAUGUGGUCUGGGCAGACUUGUCAAAAUUUGGUACUGCCUCACCACUUCUGGGUUCCAUCCUACCCCAAGGACAAGACUGAGGCAGAAGCCAAAGUUUUACAGGAAGUUUCCGCUGUCCACCAUUUGAUAGUCCAGGUCCAUGAGGAAGAAAAAUGGUAAUGCAGCUUUGAGCAUUACUUCCUCCUUGGUGUCUUUGUGAUAGUUGACAGCUCUAAAUAAUCUUAAAAGAGCACAGUAACCCAUAUCUAAAUGCCUUACAGGAAUAUGUGGGGUGUUUAUAAAGAUCUCUAAAAUUUGCUGAUAUUCUUACAAUUUUAAAUUAUUUUAUCUUCAUGUUUGGAAAUAAUCACACCUCAGUAGUUUCUCGGGAAAAUACAGUCCAUGGCAGGUGGGGCCAUAGAGAAAGAAAAGCAUGCUCUCAGCUUUUAAUGAAUUUAAAUGUUUGACAUGUGGUUUAAUCUCUUAGUCCUAGGUAAGAGAGUUGAUUCCAAGGUUAUGUAGGACAAAAUUAUAAAUAAUCAAGAGUUGAUUACAAGAUUAUAAAUAUUCAUUAUCAAAAAAUAGUAUUUAUUAGCCACUGUGGGGAAGGAAGGAAAUUGUUUACACUGAAGAGAACAUUUCUGAAAAGUGUGUAGGUGUGUGUGGUAGACCAGGUCGCACACGUAUACACGCAACAGAUAUGUUCUGCACUCCAAUUGUGUAUAUGUCUCCUCAGACCAAAUAUACCAAUAUAGACCCACCCCGUAUAGGCAGACACGUACAAAUACACACAAACACACACAGACAUGGACCUACACAGUGACAAUUCUUCUUUUCAGGUGAAAACUUU